CUCCGUGUUACGGUGACGAAGGAACGCAGAAAGAGGACAGCCUGGACACACUACCAGACUCCGAAAGCUAUUAACAUUGUUUGGGCCGUUAAGGCAGUUGGCGGCAAAUCGCCGACCCGCGGCGGUUGCGUCGCAGCCUGAAGCGUGCCACGGAGCACGCUCCUUCUCCGCUCCUCCAGUCAGAAAGCCCGGCAACGCGGCGGGGCGCGGCAGGACUACAACUCCCAGGAGGCUUUGCGCGGUCAGGGCGCUUUACAAUAGAAGCUCGGUCGAAGAGGCCGGCGGAGAGUUGCCGGAACUGCUGCUUCCGGCAUGUUCAGCUCAGAGAGAAGAACGGCGGACAAGUGGAGGGUGAGGGAGAGACUUCAGUGCCCAGCGGGCCCUGCGCAGGCAGCGCUUGCGCGAUGCGCGGACGGGGGGGCGGUCGGGCCAUUUAAAUGUGUGUUUGUGGGUGAAAUGGCUGCGCAGGUCGGAGCGGUGCGCGUAGUACGGGCGGUGGCGGCGCAGGAGGAGCCGGACAAAGACGGGAAGGAGAAGCCCCAUGUUGGGGUCUCGCCGCGGGGAGUGAAGCGGCAGCGCCGCGGGAGCAGCGGGGGGUCUCAGGAGAAGCGGGGGCGGCCGAGCCAGGACCCCCCUCUCGCUCCCCCUCAUCGGCGGCGUCGCAGCCGCCAACAUCCCGGGCCGCUGCCGCCCAGCAGUGCCUCCCCGAGCGUCCCGGGCCCUGUGGAGCCUCUGCUCCUGCCGCCUCCGCCGCCACCGUCGCUGGCGCCCGCCGGGCCCGCUGUCGCCGCCGCACUCCCGGCCCCCGGCACCUCGGCCCUCUUCACCUUCUCGCCGCUGACGGUGAGCGCGGCCGGGCCCAAGCAUAAGGGCCACAAGGAGCGGCAUAAGCACCAUCACCACCGCGGCUCCGAUGGAGACCUGGCCGCCGGCGUCCCGGGCGAGCUCAAGCACAAGGACAAGCAGGAAAACGGAGAGAGGAGCGGAGGGGCGCCUCUGCUGAAGGCCCCCAAAAGAGAAACAGCAGAUGAAAAUGGUAAAACCCAGAGAGCUGAUGAUUUUGUCUUGAAGAAAAUAAAGAAGAAAAAGAAAAAGAAACAUCGAGAAGACAUGCGAGGAAGACGCCUUAAAAUGUAUAAUAAGGAAGUACAAACCGUCUGUGCUGGCCUGACACGCAUCAGUAAAGAUAUUCUUACCCAAGGACAAAUAAAUAGCACUUCAGGAGUUAAUAAGGAGUCCUUCAGGUACCUGAAAGAUGAACAGCUGUGCCGAUUAAAUUUGGGCAUGCAAGAAUAUCGGGUGCCCCAGGGAGUACAAACACCUUUUACGACUCACCAGGAACAUUCAGUUCGUAGAAAUUUCUUAAAAACAGGUACUAAAUUUAGCAACUUUAUUCAUGAGGAACACCAGUCCAAUGGAGGUGCUCUUGUCCUUCAUGCUUACAUGGAUGAACUCUCAUUUUUGUCUCCAAUGGAGAUGGAGAGAUUUUCUGAGGAGUUUCUUGCUUUGACAUUCAGUGAAAAUGAGAAAAAUGCUGCUUACUAUGCUUUAGCGAUAGUGCACGGAGCGGCUGCUUAUCUCCCAGACUUCUUGGACUACUUUGCUUUUAAUUUUCCCAACACUCCAGUGAAAAUGGAAAUUUUGGGCAAGAAAGAUAUUGAAACAACCACCAUUUCAAAUUUUCACACUCAGGUCAAUAGGACAUACUGCUGUGGCACCUACCGAGCAGGUCCAAUGCGGCAGAUAAGUCUUGUUGGAGCAGUAGAUGAAGAAGUUGGUGAUUAUUUCCCAGAGUUCCUUGAUAUGUUGGAAGAAUCACCAUUUCUGAAAAUGACUUUGCCCUGGGGUACACUUUCCAGCCUCCGACUACAGUGUAGGUCCCAGAGUGAUGAUGGGCCUAUAAUGUGGGUAAGGCCAGGAGAACAGAUGAUCCCUACAGCAGAUAUGCCAAAGUCACCCUUCAAAAGACGACGAUCAAUGAAUGAAAUAAAAAAUCUCCAGUACCUACCUCGGACCAGUGAACCCCGUGAAGUCCUCUUUGAAGACAGGACAAGAGCUCAUGCUGAUCAUGUAGGGCAGGGGUUUGACUGGCAGAGUACGGCUGCUGUUGGGGUUUUGAAAGCUGUACAGUUCGGUGAAUGGAGUGACCAACCUCGCAUAACCAAAGAUGUGAUUUGUUUUCAUGCUGAGGAUUUUACUGAUGUUGUACAGAGACUUCAGUUAGACCUUCAUGAACCUCCAGUUUCCCAGUGUGUACAGUGGGUGGAUGAAGCGAAACUAAACCAAAUGAGGCGGGAAGGCAUUCGCUAUGCUAGGAUUCAACUAUGCGACAAUGAUAUCUACUUCAUCCCUAGAAAUGUCAUUCAUCAGUUCAAAACAGUGUCAGCAGUAUGCAGCUUAGCCUGGCAUAUAAGGCUCAAACAGUACCACCCUGUUGUAGAAGCUACUCAAAACACAGAAAGCAAUUCCACCAUGGACUGUGGUUUAACUGGAAAGCGAGAAUUAGAAGUUGACUCCCAGUGUGUGAGAAUAAAAACUGAAUCUGAGGAAACGUGCACAGAGAUGCAACUUUUAACAACUGCAUCAUCGUCUUUCCCACCUCCAUCAGAACUUCAUCUACAGCAAGAUCAGAAGACUCAACCUAUCCCAGUGUUCAAGGUGGAAAGUAGACUGGACUCUGACCAGCAACACAAUCCGCAGGAACAUCCAAGCACUCCUCUGUGAUAUGUACAUAUUCAAACACAUUUUUUAACUUUUUUAAAUUUUGAUGUGAAGUUAUAGUUUUAUAACUGGCUUAAGUUAAGUUUUAUUGGAGAAAUCUUGCCUAUAAUUCUAUAAAGAGAAAUGACAUUCCACAAAUGUCAAGCAUAUCUUUUUUACACAGAUUAUGCAAAGCUAAGAGUUGUAUCUUAUCCCGUUAGUACAGUAUGUAAUAGUGGGUCUGCUGCUACUUUCUGUUUUAAGGUGUGAGGUAACAAUUCAAUCUCUUCUUAAAAUCAAAACAAGAAUUCUCUGGAAUAAUAGAUUCUUAUUUGGUAAAUCAUUCACUUCCUUAUCUUGCCUUGUCUCGCCAUAUUUGCUUUAUAUGGUAGAAAUCAGAUUUAUGGUUUAAUACUUGUGUCUUCAUGGCACACAGUAAUUUUCCACAGUAGGAAUGGCAUUGGUUGCAGGAAAGAGCUUCUCCAUCUGGUACAUGGGCAAGUAAGUUAUUAGUUCCAACCAAAAAGAACAAGUAGUUUCUAAAGAAAAUUUAGUAGUUCUUUGGUUUCUUAGCAAAAGAGAAAGCACAGCACUUUCUGAUCCAAACUGUCUUUAUGUCUGUUAUUUAAAGCCCAGUGGUAUUUUAAUUAAAAACAAUUUAAAGAUGAAUAGUCCUUGGUAAUUCAUUAUCCAUGGUUCGUUAAGCUUUUCUAGAAUAUGGAGAUAUUUUGAGCAAAAGAGAUAAUGGUGACCUGAUAGUUUAUUGGUCUGCUUCCUAGUAUCCUUAUAUUCCUGUGGAUACUUUUGCUUCCUAAACUUGUAACAGGUAUCAGAGUUAGAAUGAGAUCAGUCUGCCUGAUGAGGGCUGCCGUAAUUUAAGCAUCAAACUUAGGAGAAACUAUUCUUGUGAUUGGCAUCAAUGUCUUCUUGAGUAUCUACUUUUGAAACACUUUACAAUUUCAUCUGAUAAAUAGCUGUGUUUAUUUACCUGUUACUCUGUGUUGCCAUUUUCUAAUAAAUAGGACACUAGACUUUCAUCCUAGAGUUUCAGGUAGGCUAAAGCUUAGUGCCUGAAUAUUUUUUUUUCCCCCUUUUUUUCAAACAGGCACACUUCAUAUAGGUAGUGUGGUCUUUCUAUUUUUAAAUGUUAAUGUAAUACACAUAUACUUUCUUUUAGUUAAUAAUACAGUAGGCGUUUUGUUUAUUAAAGGAAGAGUACUCCCCACACCUAAGACCAGAUUCUUGUAUCUACCUGGUUACAGUGCAAUUUGAUUUUUUUUUUCUGGAUGGUGAGAUUUGAAAUAUUUGCAUUAACAUAGGCAAAAAAAAGAUGCUGCUUUAUUAUGUCUGCCAUCAUGAAAACAGCUGCAUCUUUUGAAAUAUCAAAUAUGAAUUUUCUCUAAAAUAUUCUGAAAUAGGUUAAAUCUUAUAUAAAUAUUACUUUGUGCAAUAUUGUUGUGUAGUUAAAUGCAUAUUAGCAAAGUAUAGAGGUCACUGUGUAAAUCGAUAGAAAAGUAACCAUCAGCAAAUACUACAGUGAUUAGUUAGAAUCUGUAUUAUUCCUUAUAUAUAUGUAUAUGUAUGUAUUCUCUGUUACAAAGGAUGAAGACAAAUAGGGAAAAAUUUCAAUGUAAACCAUUUAUGAAUUGGAAGUGAUGUUGGUUUUAGUUAUCUUUGUAAAUAAGGUCAUUAGAAUGGUAUGAAAGGUAAUGUGAUUAUUACAGGGGUGUUUAAAAUCCUGUGUAUAAAUUCUAGGGUAAAUUCUAGUUUGUCAAGACUAGUUUUUAAGGGAUUUUUGAGGGUAUUUUUGUUGUUAUUUUUGUGGGGAAGGGGUUUAUUACAAAAUGUAUGAGUUUGGGUUAUUUUGUAUUUUUAUUUUUCUGUCCAGAAGAAUUUCAUAGAGCUUUACCAGGCUGUGCAAAGAAGAAUUCUUCUUAGGCAACAUUGCUUUAAAAAUAAUCACGAAGAGAAAAAUUGUUAAAACAAAAAAAUUUUAUUUCUGUUUUUCUUGUCUUCCAAGACCGAUUUCCCCCAUCUCCCACUUGCCAUCCAGCAGAUGCCAUCUGUCAUCUAAGCUGGUCAUUACUAAUAGACAAGGAGACUGUCUCCUGACAGCCAGCACUGUGUAUAAUCACUCAGGAACCAGCGGAUCUGCAAAGACCUACAAUCAAAAGCAAAUCCCAUUUUCUUUUUCCAAAACAUUCUACCCUCACCUCCAGUAUAAACAUAUUAAAAGAAUAUAAAAAUGUUUAAAAUCAUGUACUAAUGAUUCAUUGUAUAUUAGAUUACAAUAGAAUGGAAAGAAACAUUUAGCUAGUAAUGUAUCUGGAAACUCUGAAUGUCCUAUGUGAGUAUUAGAUUUUGAUAGCAUGCUUUAAAGACUGAUGAAUAUAAAAGCAGAAGUUUUGAGUUUCUUACUGCUUUCAAAACUGUAUCCUAGUUCAGUGAUACAAAUGAUUGCAACUUUUCUAAAUCAUUAAAUUAUUUGGUUUGGUGGAGUGAGGCAUGGAGCAAUCUGGCAUCCUCUGAUUUGUAAAGUAGUGAUGGCAGUGAAGUUGUAACUGAAAUUUAAGCUGAUCUUCCUUUUUGGUAUAUUACCUGUUGUGCCAACUCUUGAGAUUACUUGCAGAAUGUGGCUAUAAGUUUUAGUACUUUGUGGAUCAGAGGGAUAUUUAAAAAAUACACCAAUGGAAAAGACAUAAUAAGUGAAUAUUCCUAAUAGCAAAUAGAAUGGUUUUAUGGUAACCAUUAAAAAGGACAAACGUCUUCCCCUGCCCCAGAGGUCAUUCUAUAAUUAUUCAGAUAGAGUAAGAGUAGGAUUAUGAUUCUGAUAGGUAUCCCAAAUUCAUAAAGCAAUAAUAAUAACUUCAGUAUUGGUUCCCUCUUCCAAAGUUUGAACCCUUUAAAAAUGAAUUCCUAAACUUAAUUGUACUUCACUUAUUCAGUCCUUAAAAGUUUAACUGGUGCAUUAUUUUUACUUAAAGAUUUUUGGAAAGUGCCCUUUCCCUUCAGAGUCGGUUGAACUAUCAAGUUGACUAAUAUUACAAGCUCUUAAAUACAAUUAAUUAAAUACAAUUAAUUAAAUACAAUUAUUUGCUAAACUUGAGGAAAAGAUGUGUCAUCAGUCUUAAUAGGCAUAAAGAUCUCAACCGACUGGAGAAACUUUGCUUAUUGCUUUCCCUAUAAUAAAUAUUCUCUAGAAGGAAAGUUAAUACAGGAACAA